AUGUCAGGCCCAUUAAUAAACCGUUCGUUAACAACCAUCAGAACCGAAUUGGAAUUUUUACAUGAUUCGGAGGUAAUCACUGAACAACUCUAUAAUGCCCUCAUCGAAUCACUUCCUCCUAAGUAUCAAAAGGAUAUGAAAGCAUGGGACUUGGACAAAUUGAAGACCGAAGCAGGUGAUAAUAAGAAAACAAAAGCACCUACAACUACUGAUUCAAUUACAGAUGGCUUAGCUACCAUCAGUAUAAAUCCUCCUGUUAAGCCCGAACGCUUACAAAGUAAGGCAUUGGGAUACUGUAAAGCCAUAUACGAUUAUCAAGCACAAGAAGGAGAAGAUUUGGGAUUGAAAAAAGACGAUAUUAUUGCGGUUGUUGAACAUUUGUCGGAAGACUGGUGGAAAGGGUACAAGAAGGGAACGUCGGCGAAUGCAGCUGGGGUGUUCCCAUCGAAUUACGUUAAUGUUAUUUCUCAACAGGAAUUUGAUUUUGCAUCCUCCCCAGCACGUUGUGCUGUGCCACCGCCAUUCAAGAAUGAAAAAGCAUCAUACGACGCAAAUGACCAGUCUGCGGCACCACCUCCACCUCAAUACGAUCAAACUCAAGUAGCUCCAUUAACCCAACAGCCUUCGUACGGUGGAUAUAGCCAAUAUCCUCCACAAUCAACUAAUUAUUAUCCUCCACAACAGUACUCACCUCAACCACAAGCUUAUCAACCUCAGGGACAACCUGUUCAGGUGGCCGCGCCUGAACAAGCUGGACAACACAGCCAUAUGAGAAAGUUUGGUGGCAAGUUGGGUAAUGCUGCAAUUUUUGGUGCUGGUGCCACUAUUGGUAGUGAUAUAGUUAAUUCGAUCUUUUAG